GCUACUUUGAUUAAAAUUCUUUUGGAAUCUGCUUGGCUAAUACGUCUAUGCAAGAUUUCAUCAUGGGAAAUUGCUAUUACAACAUAGUGGCUACUGUGCUGUUGGUCAUGAAUUUCGAGAGGACAAGAUCAUUGCAGGAUUUCUGCAGUAACUGUUCAGCGGGUACUUUCUGUGGGAAAAACAAGCAUGAGCUUUGCACUCCUUGUCCUUCAAAUAGUUUCUCCAGCACAAGUGGACAAAAGGCCUGUGACGUAUGCAGGAAGUGUGAAGGUGUUUUCAGGACCAAGAAAGCGUGUUCCUCCACCAGCAAUGCAGAGUGUGAGUGUGUGCCGGGAUUCUACUGCCUGGGAGAAGGAUGUAACAUGUGUGAAGAGGACUGUAAACAAGGUCAAGAAUUAACAAAAGAGGGUUGUAAAGACUGUUCCUUUGGGACAUUUAAUGAUCGGGAACAUGGUGACUGUAAACCUUGGACAGACUGUUCUUUGGAUGGGAAGUCUGUCCUUGUGAAUGGGACGAAGGAAAGCGAUGUGGUAUGCGGACCGGCAUCAGCUGACUUCUCUCCAGGUGCAUCCUCCACCAUCACGCCUGCCCCUGGGGGAGAGCCAGGUCACACCAACCGGAUCAUUAUCUUCUUUCUUGCACUGACGUCGACUGCAGUGCUGUUCUUGGCGUCCUUCGUGGUGCUCCGUUUCUCUGUGGUUAAACAGGGCAGAAAGAAGCUUCUGUAUAUAUUCAAACAACCAUUUAUGAGACCAGUACAAACAGCCCAAGAGGAAGAUGCCUGCAGUUGCCGGUUUCCAGAAGAAGAGGAAGGAGUGUGUGAACUGUGAAGAGGAAAUCCACAGAUGUGUUGGAACUCUCUUUAGAAGAAUCACAGGAGAAAUAUGAGGGAUCCCACUACUGUACCUUUCAAAUUUAAAAACUCCAUACUGGAUAAUACCAACGGUUACCCUAACAAGUUUUUUUUCCUAAAUGCUAACGACUUGGCCUUUCAAGAUGUACCACUUUUAACAGACAGAAAAAUGGGACAUAAAUGGUGGUAAAAGUGAUAUUUUCUAGAUACUGCUUAAGAGGUUUGGGCUAGUUUUCUUGAAAUCCAAAGAGAAUUAUAUUUUAAAUUUAAUCAUGUAGGCCAAUCGUGCAGCUAAAAUUAUAAUCAAAAUCAAUUCUAUUUUUUUUUUUUGGUGCUAAUAUGACAUAUGGCAAUAGCCAUAAGAUGCAGGCACUAUCCCCCAUCAAAUUUUCCAUGGGUUCAAUCAUUCAACACAAGACAUCCUCCAUUGUCAGGGGAGAAUGAGGACAGUCAUCAUCAUUGCCCAAGUUUGGGGUCAAGAGCAAAAAACUAAAAAAUAACAGACCUUGGGACUUCCCUGGUGGUCCAAUGGUUAAGACACCUCACUCCCAAUGCAGGGGGCACAGGUUCAAUCCCAGGUCAGGGAACUAAGAGCCUACAUGCUGCACAAUGUGGUCAAAACCAAACAAACAAACAAAUGAACAAAAGAAGAAAAAGCAGACCUUGAGGAACAGUUUUGGAAAGAGUCAAAUGUCCCUGUAUAUCCUUGGUCCUCUCCAUCUUCCCAUCUUCUGCCUUUGUCCUACUCCCCUCUGAGCCACAGCUUACUUUUUAUUUUAUUCUUAAAAACUUUAUCAGUAAUAUUUUAUAUACAUAAACUAGUAAAUGAAACAGAAGUGCAGACCCGUGAACACAUAACCCAACCCGAGCGCUAGAGCAGGAGUUGCCAAACUCCCACGGGCCAAAUCUGAGAUGCCAUGUGCCUUUAUACAGUUUAUGAACUAAGAAUGGUUUUACAUGUUUAAAUAAUCAAAAACAAAUCAGAAUAAGAAUAAUACCUCAUGACGCAUACAAUUAUCUGAAAUUCAAAUUUCAGAGUCCAUAAGUAGUUUUCCUGGAGCACACAAGGCACCCUCAGGUGGCCUUUGCAUUGCAACAGCAGAGUUGAGUAGCUGUGACAGAGAUUGUAUGGCCCACAAAACCUAGAAUAUUUAAUAAGUGACCCUUUAUAGGGUCAAAGUCAGGAUCAGAGCAUCCAUCUGUGUGCUGCUUCCCUCCCUCAUCUCCUGUCUACCUCCCCACCCCAACUCCAGGCAACUUCUCACAGGAAUGUUGUCUCUCAUUUCCUUGCUUAAAAGAAAAUCACGUAUCAUAUAAUUAUGUACCCCACAACUAUUUUACUUAGUUUUGUUUGUUUUUGAGCUUUAUGAACAUGGUAUUGUGCUGUAUGGAGACUUGUGCUUUAAUCACUCAGAAGUAUAUUUGUAAGACAUUCAUGUUAUUGUGUGUAGCUAGCUAGAAUGCAUUCAUUUUGACUGAGGUACAGCUUUGCAAAUAUACCAUUAUUUAUCAACCCACUCUGAAUCAAAGGACACUUGGGUUGUUUCCAGGUUUUUUUUCUUCAAUUAUGGAAAAUAUUGCUAUGAAUGUUCUUUUAUAUGUUUUCUAUUUAAGAGUGUCUCUAGGGAAACUUCCUUAAAGUAGAAUUUCUGGAUCUUAGGGCGUAUGAAUGUUCAACUUUAUGAGCUAGCCCCAUGUCAGUAAGGAUAUGCUAAAUUAUGCAGAAAUGACAAAUGAGCCCCCCCCAAUCUUAACAGAUUACAACCACACAACAGAGGUGCAUUUCUGGAUGUCAUUACAUGCCUGUUGAAGGCUGACUGUGACUCUGUCCCAUGUUAUUUCCCUCCGGGAUUUAGGUGGAGAGAGCAGCUUCUACUUGGGACAUUGACCAUCUUGUGGCAAAGGAACACACUCAUAGGUAGUUGGCUAGAUUCUAACUUUAAGAAAAAUGCCUGCAGCCAUGCUUGGCAAUAACAGGGCAGAAAGUAUAAUCGUCACACAAGGAGGGGCAGCAAAUAUUUCUGAACAAUAAAAAGUCUACUGCAGGGCUGAACUGCUUUUCACCGAGGUUGUUCUAAUUUGUGCUCCUGUCAGCAGUGAGUCCCAUCCUUGCCACCCUCAGGCAUUUUCAGACUCCAUUUUGCCAACCUAGUGGGUUUAGGAUGGCAUCUCACCAUAGUCUUAUUUUGCAUUUCUGUCACGUUUUUAUAUAUUUUGUGUUUCUUUUUUGAGAAAUGCUUGCUCGUGUUUUUUAAACCAUUUUAAAAAUUUGGUUAUUUCUCUUUUUCUUAUUGAUUCAUAAAAGUUCUUUAUGUAGUCUAGAUACUAAUCUUUGGUUACUUAUAUGUGUUAUAAAUAUUUGUUUGCAAUUUGUUUUUUCUCUUUUUAACUGUGUCUCUCUUUUUCUU